GGGAGAGAGAGACCUGGGACACCGAGAAUUGGCAAGCUCUCUCCCACACUUUGCUUCUGAUUGAAAUAAAUAUUUUAUUCCAGUUAAGAGGGCAGUGUGCACUAAGUUUUAUUUCAAGAAACAACAGCCUUCCAAGAACACCCAAAGAGGAGUCCACAAGAGACAAGAAGACACAACACUGGCUAAUCAUGUUUGUAAGGAGGGCUGGACUUCUAUUAGAGGCCGCCUUAAAUAUAUAUGUAUAUAAAAGCUGUUCAUCCUCUACAUUUUCUAUAUCUUCAUUACUGUAAUCUAAUCUGAAUAUGCCUGGUCUCCUACCAUAAAAUACUGUAUUUGUUGGGUCUUCUAGAACAGUUCAGAACAAAUUGAAGAUUUUAAAUUUAUUUUUGAAAGAUUGUGUUUUUUUGUGUUUUUUUUUGUAUGGUCUUCUUUUUGUUUUAAAGACAAUCAUGGAUUAUGAUUUAACUAAUGUCACAUAUUUAUCUCUGGAAGGUCAUGUAGAGCUGGAGAGAUACAGAUAUGUGUAUUUCUUCCUCUGUCUCGUUGUCUAUCUGUUGAUCAUCUGCUGUAACCUUGUUGUUCUUUCUGUCAUUCACAUGAACAAGUCUCUGCAUGAGCCGAUGUACAUUUUUAUCGCUGCUUUACUCUGUAAUUCUCUGUUCGGCACGGCUGCUCUUUAUCCUAAACUGCUGGUUGAUUUUCUGUCUGAAUCACAGAUUGUAUCUCGUGAGGCCUGUAUUUUUCAGGCCUUUUUAAUUUAUACAUACGCUGCUGCAGAGUUUACACUGUUAUCAGCUAUGGCCUAUGAUAGAUACGUGUCUAUAUGUAAACCUUUACAGUACGUGACUUUAGUUAAAAUGUCUACAGUUAGAAAACUCUUAUUUAUCUGCUGGUUUGUUCCUUCAUGUGAGAUUGGUGUAGGCGGGAUUCUGACAUAUCAGCUGAAUUUGUGUAAAUUUAAGUUAAACAGAAUCUACUGUAAUAACAGUGCCAUUGCUAAAUUAAGCUGUGGAGGAACAUCUGCAAAAACCACAUAUGGAAUGAUAAUCUUCAGCAUUGCUGUUUUUCCACCGGUGAUUUUUGUAAUCUACUCCUACAUUGGGAUAUUAAUCGUCUGUUUAAAGAGUUCAAAAGAAUCCAGAAGAAAAGCUCUUCAGACCUGCUUCCCUCAUCUGAUCAUCUUCACCAGUUUCACCUGCACCUCAUGUUUUGAGGUUAUAUACGGCAGAUUAGACACUAAUAUACCUCAACUGGCUGCUAUGGUUUUAUCAGUUGAAAACCUAGUUAUCCCUCCUUUACUCAAUCCUAUUGUUUAUGGGUUAAAACUGCAGGGGAUUCUGAACUGCAUUAAGAAGAUGUUCUUAAAAAAUAAAACACACAUCGUCUUUUAGAGUAGACUUUUUCUUAAUUUAUCUUUAUAUGCAAUGCGACCUAUAGGCUAACACUUGUUAACACACUGUAAAAAAUGAAAACGUUGAGGAAAGUGUAAAGAAAAUGACAAGGCAACUUGCUGCACUAGGUUUUUAAGUUACUGGGUUUUGACGAAAACCACCAGCAGUCGACUACAAAUCUUAAGUUCAGAUAAUUUAUGUUUAAUAUAUAUAAAAACAUGUUUUUAAUCAGCCUAAUUUAAUCCUCCUGUCAUGUUACAGGUCAAAUUGACCCGUUUUUAAGUUUGAAGAUCUAUGAAAAUGGUUUAUCUCACAUACAGCUCUGAUAAAAAUGAAGAGAGCACUUCAGUUUCUGAAUCAGUUUCUCUGAUUUUGCUAUUUAUAGGUUUAUGUUUGAGUAAAAUGAACAUUGUUGUUUUAUUCUAUAAACUACAAACAACAUUCCUCCCAAAUUCCAAAUAAAAAUAUCAUUUAGAGCAUUUAUUUGCAGAAAAUGAGAAAUGACUGAAAUAAGAAAAAAGAUGCAGAACUUUCAGACCUCAAAUAAUGCAAAGAAAACAACAAGUUCAUAUUCAUAAAGUUUUAAAAGUUCAGAAAUCAAUAUUUGGUGGAAUAAUCCUAGUUUUUAAUAAAAGUUUUUUUUUUUUCAUGCAUCUUGGCAUCAUGUUCUCCUCCACCAGUCUUACACACUGCUUGAGGGGAAAACUUUAUGCCUUUACAAUCCUGGUGCAAAAAUGUAAGAAUUGUGCAACACAUUUAAAAAAAGUGAAAAGGUUAGUGGGGGGACAUUAUCUUGUGUUAUGGUGAUCGGCAAUCAAUGAAUUAUUAUGCAAAUAUGGGCGGAAAAAAGUCUUGAAUGAGCGUGAUCGGUGAUUACUUAAACAUUUCAUGAAAAUUUGAGAAAAUAUAAGAAAAAAAUCAGUAGAACUCUGGGCUGCGUUGUUUAAUAGUGAAAGUAAGAGCUUUUCCACACGCACAAUGCAGUGAAGGGAACUCCAGAGAUUGGACUCUGGUGCAAUAGAAAAAGGUAAUGUGGUCUGAUGAGUCCAGAUUCACCCUGUUCCAGAGUGACAGCACGUAAGGUUAGGAAGAGAGGCCGCUAAAGUGAUGCACCCAUCAUGCAUAGUGCCUACUCAAAAGCACAUUGCUAUGAUGUGGGGUUGGUUGAUGCUGCAGUUGGUCUGCAGGUCUAGGUUCAGCAACAGUAUGUGCUGAAAGAUUGAGGUCAGGAUUCAUGGGUCUGGAAUUGUGAAAGAGUUCAGGAGUUCAGAUCUUAACCUCAUUGAGAAUCUUUGGGAUGUGCUGGAUGGAGAAGAGAGGCUUUGUGCAGUGGUCAGACUCUACCAUCAUCAAUGCUGCUGCAAGAUCUUGGUGAAAAAUUAAUUAAUGCAACACUGGAUUGAAAUAAAUCUUGUGACGUUGCAGAAGCUUUUUGGAACAAUGCCACAGUGAAUGCGUCAAAUCAAUCGAAGCGAAAGGCGGUUCAACUAAAUAUUAGAGUUGUGAUCUUUUUUUUGACCAGGCAGUAAAUGUCUAUCACUAUUAAUACUGUACAUUUCCAAAUACAACUACACUGUAAGCCCGGAUAAGUUGAAUUUACUUAAAAACUUUGAGGAAACCGGUUGCCUUAAAAAAGUUAAGUAAUGGGUAAUGAAAACUUAAA